CUUCAUCUUCGUUCAUCUCUCUCUCUCUCUCCGGUGAUGAAUUUCCGGCAUUUCUAACCAGUCCUUGCAGAUAUUGAAAUUUUCAUUCCGGCAAACUAUUGGUUGAUUCUGGAUAGGUAUACGCAAGCUUUAAUCAGUUUCAACUGAAAAUGCUGUGCAGAAGAAACUCAACAAAGUGCCGGAAGGAUGGAUCGGUGCCGGUAUAUCUCAAUGUAUACGAUCUCACCUCCAUGAAUGGCUACGCUUAUUGGCUCGGCCUCGGUGUCUAUCACUCCGGCGUGCAAGUUCAUGGAGUUGAGUAUGCGUUUGGAUCUCAUGAAAAUGCGACGACUGGAAUCAUCGAAGGAGAACCGAAGGAAUGGAAAGGAUUCACGUUCAGGAAGCAGAUUCUGAUCGGAUGGACUGAGACGAAUCUGAGAGAGGUAAGAAGAGUCAUGGACGAGCUUGCAGAAGAUUACAAAGGAAUCUCAUACAAUCUUAUCACCAAAAACUGCAACCACUUUUGCAACGAUAUCUGUGUUAGACUCACCGGAAAGCCGAUCCCUAGUUGGAUUAAUCGGCUCGCCAGAAUCGGUUUUUUGUGCAAUUGUAUAAUUCCGGCGAGUAUAAGUUCAACUAAAGUCGGAAUCGAAGAUAACAAAGUGUACACCGAAGGAGAAAUGAAGAAGCUGAGGAGCCGUUCAGGUAGGUUCACCUCGUCGUCUUCGUGUUGUUCACCGUCUUCUGAUAAAUCGUUAUCUUCGUUGACAUCACCUUCGGUUGGUCGGAGCAAAAGUCAUAGAAUCACAACUUCUCUCCCUCCACCUUCACCUCCACCUUUGAUUCUAGAUUCUCCUAAAUCCUAGCAGCUUUUUUAAUGCUAUCUUUCUGUAAUCGAAGUGUUCUUCCUUCAAUUUUUUUCCUUCUUUCAAGUUUUUGAUUGAUUUAUGGAUCAUCAUCGAUCGAUCUCUAUGAUCUGGUGAUGGUGGCAUAUACACCAUUUUCUCCUCACAAAAGGCUUUCUAAUUGUGUGUAAUUAUCAUCCAUUGCAACUGUGUCACCUAACAAGUGUUGAACCUUCAAUACAUUUGGAAGAAU